AUGUCAAUAAUGCUGACACUAACCAUGGGAAGCGUGCCUCCACCUUUAGGCAUAGGGUGUUUCCGUCUUCUUCCUCGCUCUCUGCAUUUCCUGACCCUCAAACUAGUCUGCAAAGCUUUCAAUGAGGUCCUCAGUAAGCAUGAGCAUCCGAUCGCCCGCCGGUACCUGCGCCAGCGGCGGCACGGAACGCUUCCGUCGCCGAUCGACACGCAGCGGACGUAUACGUGGAAACCGGAGGAUGAUGUCGUCCUCCUUUCGGAUUUGUUCCCGCCGACCAUAAGCGCAAAAGGAGGCUUUCUGUAUACGUUUCGGUAUCUGCAUAGUCUGCGCCGGAGACAGAAGCUUUGCUCGAGAUUAUGCUAUUAUCUUGCGGACCGGAUUGUCAAUAAGUUUGUGGCUUGUGAGGGGAUGUUCAUGAAGACUACCUUUGCGUCCAAGGCGGAACGGGCGGUGUUCAUGAGAAGGGCCAUGGGGAAGGUGUGGUCUUAUCUUUCGCCGCUUAUGUAUUAUACCUUGUACUUUCUCGAGUCCUAUGCCGACGCUCGACGCGAGCAGACUAAUGUCCUUUUGCGCGAUUUUGAGGCUGGCCGGCUCCCUGUGCGAAUACCGCCGGAUAUUCGCAAGAGAAUGUAUCAGGAAUUGCAAAGGAAAAUCAUGCAAUCUCCGCCCUUUACGGAUACAACUACGCUCAUAUCAACCCAUCACUGUUUGCGCCUGCUGGUCUCUUGGCUACGUGAUACCGUCCCACCAGACGAGCAAGACGUCUCAGACGACAGCUGGAUAGGCUCGCUGCUGACAGUGUCACCCUUCCAACGGCUGGUGGAAUAUUUCUCAGCAGAAAUUGGGGACGGCGGGAACCAGCGGAUGCAGCGGAAGGAUUUCAUGUACAAUUUUCACAGGGACAUCUCACUGACUGAAAACGAUGAGAUGAACUCCCGGGUUUUUGAGAGCGCGCCGAAUGUGCAUCUCCAUCGCUCGGUCCAGGAUGUAUGGUUCGAUGCUGCCACUGCUGAGAUCGCGAAGAGAAGGGCUGGCAACCAUAGGAAAGAGAAAGUUAUGCUCUAUGACGGCGUGCCUUUCUUAUUCGGCUGCCCUUACUGCAAGCCCGGUGCUGGUGAUGGAUGCCCAUACCACCUCCUCAACACAUCAUGGACAUCCCACCGUCUCUCCCCACUCCACUACGAAAUCAACAAAAAUGCGGAGUCAUAUUCCCUCCUCACAAACAGAACCGCCCUAGACACUUACGCCGCGCGCCUGAGAGACUACCUGACUAACUCCCUGGCUGUGGCCGGCGCGCCAACUUUGCAACAUGACCCAGCAACAUCCGCAACCCUCGGCGCACUCCAAUCAUGUACAUGGGAAGCUAUAUCAUCCCUUUCCUUCCUGGACGCGAGCAUGAUUUCCGAGCAUGGGGGACAUAGUGCAUUUGAGCAGAACGAGGAAGAACCGGCAGGCCUCCUAAUAACCCUCACCUACGAAAACGCCACAUACAAAGCCGCCCUUCUUAGCUCUGGUGCUGUCUCUAGGAACCAGAGCCAAGACCAAGAACAAUUGCAGAAGCAGAGAAAGCGCAAACGAGGCCGUCCAUCCCUGAAGUCAUCAAUAACGACAGUAUCCGCAUCAACACACCUCCCCCUUCUCCUUUUACGCCUCCCGAAACCCCUCAGGGAGAGCUUAUUUUCGUUCCUUAGCUCGAACUUCGACACGUAUGUGUCUGCCUUACGGAUCUCAAGCCACGGGCUUUGUGAAAUUCUGCAAAGUUAUCUUAGUGGAUUGACCCCAGCUGGGCCAGUGAACGCGGGUGCGGAUGUAGGAGAGAUUAUGCGCGAAUUACACAUAACGAUCUCCUUUGCCCCGCCGAUAGCACCCUCGCUGAAGGCGCUGACUGUUUGUAUUCCGAGGGAGACGUCUGGGGCUUUUAUACGAGUGCCAGGGUCUACUUCUUACGCAGGUAAUGCCGGGACUUCCGUGCUGUCUGGACUGUCAGCGUACUUAUCGAAACAUCUUGCUCUGGAUUUGAGAUUGCCGUUAGUGGAAGGUGCAGCCGCUACUACUGCUGGGUCUUUGCUGACAGGGGGCUAUGUGCGGCUCACGAGAAUUGCGUGUGCUGGUUUUGUGGUUACCUCUGAGGGGCGAUUGAAGAUUGUUGCGAAGGCGGAAGACAGAACUGGAGGAGAGGAGGAUGAUGAGCAGAAAAGAGGCGAGUUGAGUGGUGGAGAGGCACUGCUCAGGGCUGUUCUGAAGAGGGCUGGAAAUGGCAUGGGGAGUGGAUUUGAUAGUCAUGCUGAAGAACAAAAUUAA